AUUCAAACGGGGCCGAGGCGAGCGCGGGCGGCGGCCGGUGCGCGUUUGGAUUGAAGUGCCAGAAAGCAUUGGAACGAUUCCUGGUUUCUACCCGUGCUUAUUUACGGACCGCUGGCGGUAACGACAAAGCGGCUGCAGAGCUGGGCACCGCAGCCGUGGCUUCCUGUGGCACGGGGGUUCAGUGAGAAGGAGCAAUGAGAUAUAAUCUUCUGGGAAAGCUGUUGUAUUUGUUAUAAUCCUAAUGUUAACUUGCUUGAAGACAAAAUGCCUAUUUACACGGUUCCUGCAAGAAAUCACUCAGAGGCACAAUGUACUACAGCUUUUCAGAAGAUUUCUUCACAAAAUGCUCUUACCAGCAGCAAAAUGUCUGGGCAGCAGCUGACAUCACAGAUGUCAGGAAAAGAAAAAGAUGGUCUUCUUUCAUCAUCUCAGAAUAAGACUGAGGAAGUAAAUAGGACCUAUGUGAUUUCAGCCUGUAAUAAUGCAGAUGACGCAUCAAUUACAUUGAAGUCUCAGGACAGAUUAACGCUCCAGAGGAGAACUAGAGUAAGCAAAAAAUCGGUAUCCAGUAGUGAACAAUUGGAUAACAACAUAAUACAGAGCAUAGAAAAUACACAAACGGGCAAAAGGCUUACUCUACAGAGGCGUGUGAAGACUGGCUCUGUGGAGAAGAGUAAAAUUAAUUGGAAUGCUGUGCCUGGAAUAGAUAAUAAUGACUUUGCUGCAGAAAGAAAUAACAAGACUCCGCUUCGACCAAAUAUUAGUAAUAAUGAUACUUGUUAUGUUAAUCCAAGCUGUAAGUUAGCUGAGGGUCAGUCAAAUACGAAGAUGCAUUUUAACCUGAAUGGCAAAGACUUGUUUGGCAAUGUUGAAAACGACAAGUGCACCCAUGUAAAACGUAAGACAAGCACUGCUGACUCAAAACUUCAAAACGAAGCUCAUAUAUCAGAGCAAUUAAUUACCUCAAAGAAUAUAAAUAGGAUAUCAGGAGAACAACUGAAUGAAAAAGGUGACGUAAAUAAGCUAGAAGGAAAGCAAAGGUUACAACGCUUAAUGAUAAAGCAUAACAGUUUGGAAAGGCCAAGGACACCAACAAAAGGUUCAACAGAAGGAUUUAAGCUUACACCAAAGAACAGCACAUUUCAGGAUCAGUCAUCUCUAUCGGCUUCAAAUAAACGAACACUUCAUCCUCCAGUGGUGUCAAAAAGGAAAACCAGUGUCUCUAGGUCUCCUCCUGUGAGUAGAAGUGCAAAAGCAAAAGAGAAUGUAGAAAUGCUAGCUGAGAACAGUAGCACUGAGAAAGAUGUUUUCAAAGUGGAAAACAGCAAAGUGACUGUAGCUGUGCGUGUACGGCCUUUCAGUAACAGAGAGAAAAAUGAAAACUCACUUCCUGUAGUCUCCAUGAGUGGCUCAGAGACAGCUGUACGAAAUCCAAGCACAAACCAAGUUUACAACUUCAGUUAUGACUUCUCUUUCUGGUCUUUUGACAAGUGUCAUCCUAAUUUUGCAAGCCAAGCAAUGAUUUAUAAAACUUUGGCACUGCCGCUCCUAGAAAGAGCUUUUGAGGGAUAUAACACUUGUCUUUUUGCUUAUGGGCAAACUGGUUCUGGAAAAUCAUACACGAUGAUGGGGUUUGAUGAAGACCGAGGGAUAAUUCCAAGACUCUGUGAAGAUCUUUUCACUCAAAUAGCACAAAUGGACAAACAACAGGUCUUGUAUCAUCUUGAAAUGAGCUAUUUUGAAGUUUACAAUGAGAAAAUUCAUGAUUUGCUUGUCUUCAAAGCUGAAAGCAGACAGAAGAAACAACCACUCCGUGUAAGAGAACACCCGGUGUUAGGACCGUAUGUGGAAGACCUAACAGUGAAUGUUGUCAGUUCUUACUCUGAUAUCCAGAGUUGGCUUGAACUAGGGAACAAGCAGAGAGCGACAGCUGCUACAGUAAUGAAUGACAAGAGUUCUAGAUCUCAUUCUGUCUUCACCCUCGUCAUGACACAAACCAAGGUAGAAUCUGUGGAUGAAGAGCAACGUGACCGUAGUCUUACAAGUCACAUAAAUCUAAUUGAUUUAGCUGGCAGUGAAUGCUGCUCUGCAGCUCAGACCACUGGAGAAAGGCUGAAGGAGGGUGUGAGUAUUAAUAAAUCACUUUUAACCCUUGGAAAGGUUAUUUCUGCACUCUCAAAGCAGUCUCGAAAUGGAAAGAAAACUUUCAUUCCUUACCGGGAAUCUGUCCUUACUUGGUUAUUGAAGGAAAGUCUUGGUGGAAAUUCACAAACUGCUAUGAUUGCCACAAUAAGUCCAGCUGCCAGCAGCACAGAAGAAACUCUCAGCACUCUUCGCUAUGCAAAACAAGCUUGUUCAAUUAUCAACAUUGCUAAAGUAAAUGAAGAUGUGAAUGCCAAGCUAAUCAGAGAAUUGAAAGCUGAAAUUGAAAAACUGAAGGCAGCUCAGAAAAGUGCUCAGAACACUGAUCCUGAAAAAUACAGGCGUUAUUUGCAGGAAAUAACGUGUCUGAGGGUGAAAUUGCAUCAGCAGGAGAGGGACAUAGCAGAAAUGCAAAGGGCCUGGAAAGAAAAACUUGAGCAAGCAGAAAAGAGGAAAUUAGAAGAUAUAAAGGAAUUGCAGAAAGCAGGAAUUGCAUUCAAAAUGGACAAUCACUUACCAAACCUUGUUAAUCUCAAUGAAGAUCCCCAACUUUCUGAGGUGCUGUUGUAUAUGAUCAAAGAAGGAGAAACUACAGUUGGAAGGUAUACACCGAAUUCAAAACAUGAUAUCCAGCUUUCUGGAGUGCUAAUUGCUGAUGACCAUUGUGUUAUAAAAAAUAACGUUGGCCAAGUUAGUAUUAUUCCACUGAGAGAAGCAAAGACAUAUGUAAAUGGGAAAUGCAUUUUAGAGCCGACAGUUCUGCAUCAUGGUGAUCGAGUGAUCCUUGGGGGAGACCAUUAUUUCAGGUUUAAUCAUCCGGUAGAGGUUCAGAAAGUUAAAAAGCCAUCUUGUGGGACUACGCUUUUGCAUGACGGUCCUAAAGAUUUUGAAUUUGCAAAGAAUGAGCUGCUUAUUGCACAGAAAACUCAGCUUGAAUCAGAAAUUGAAGAGGCACGACUUAAAGCCAAGGAAGAAAUGAUGCAAAGUGUCCAAAUAGCAAAAGAGAUGGUUCAGCAAGAACUGACUUCGCAAAAAGAAGCUUAUGAAAGCAAAAUAAAAUCACUGGAAGCAGAGGUGAGAGAAGAAUCUCGUAAGAAGCAAAUGCAAGAACUGAAUAACCAAAAGGCUGCAACUAAAAUACAGGAGCUAGAGAAGGCAAAGCAAAAUCUUGAGCUACAACUACACUUCAACAAGAAGCGUUUGGAAAUGGAGACCUUAGCUACCAAGCAGGCUCUGGAAGAUCAUAGUAUUCAUCAUGCAAAGAUACUUCAAGCUCUGGAAGCUGAGAAACAGAAGAUUGCUGAAGAAAUACAAACCCUUCAGAAGAACCGUGGAAGUGGGAAUAAAACUAUGACUAUUCCUCUUAACUGGAAUUCUUUGAAGUUAUCUGUGAUGAUCAAAGAGGCCAACACCAUUAGUAAUGAACUAGGGAAAAACACUGUUUUCUGCAGGCAUGACAAAAUGGAUGAUAAAACAGGAACAGUAUCUUCUGUUCAAGUGCAGGUUCGUAACAUCAAACUGGGGAUAGCAACUUUCUGGAGCCUGGAGAAGUUUGAAUGCAAACUAGCAGCAAUGAAAGAACUCUAUGAGAGUAAUGAUAACAAUAAAGCUGCUGAUGUAUUUUAUGACCCUGCUGAUGAGUGGGAACCUGACCUUUCAGAUGCCUCAGUAUCCUCUCUUUCCAGGAGAAGAAGUAGAAGUUUCAUGAAGAACAAGAGAAUUUCUGGAUGUUUGUCUGGUAUAAAAUUGCAACCAAUCCAGAAUACACAAACUUCCUAUAUUUCAGGUUCACAGAGUAAAUCCAGCAUAUGCCCAAACUUCUCUGAAUCACUUCUUCCUGGAAUUUGCAAAGAAUCUAUAAGUUCAGCUUUAGAUUUACUGGAACAGAAUCAUGAAGGAAGAAAGAGCAUAGCAGAUCAUCUACUAAGGAAUUUGUUUACCAUUUUCUCUGGAGUUUCUGCCAUUUCAAAAGCCUAUGAACAGCAAGAUGAAGAAUGUCAGAAAAAUUUUUUCUCUACUGAUCAUGCUGCUCAGUCCUACAGCAUCAAAAUUACCUCUGCUUUUGACCAGCUUGUGGUUCUAGUCAAGGUUUGGCUUAACCAUGUGCAAAAGUGCCCUGGCUCUGUGAAGACUGAUGAAGAAUUAAAACAGGAAGUAAAGAACCUGGGAGGUUAUUUACAGUUACUGUUACAGGGAUGUUCUUCAGAUAUUUCCUCAAUGGUAGCAGAAGCACAGAGCAAAGUGAACGAAGCAGUAAAACAAACAAUUAAAUGCAUAGGACACUUGGCAGUAUUCACAAGAACUGAUAUUUCCAUUUUUGAAGAGAACGACAUUCCUGCAACUAGUCUACAGGACUUCGUACUUGCUGUUUAUGAUGGAGUAGGCUUGGGGCUGGACUUUCUUAUGGAUACAGUACAGGAAAAAGCAAGAAUGGUGCAGAAAGAACUAUUAAAACUACACCCACAAAAUGAGAUUCAAAAUCGAAUAAAGGAUGAUGCUGUGGCAUUAGCCAGGUUCCUUGAAAAUAACAUUUCUUCUUGCAGAAAGAAAGAAGUAGAAUCUCAAGUACCAGAAGAAGAUUAUGUGUAUCAGGAAAUCAAGAGAAGUACUAAAAUUGCUGUGAAAUAUUUGGAAUUGGAGCAGUGCUUAGCUGAAGUCUAUCAGAUUGUUUCUUCUACGUUACAAGGGUCAUUCAGAAACACAAGCCCUCUCAGGAGCUUUGCAGGAGAGAUUUGUAUCAUAGCUGGAUAUUUGUACAAUCAUUUCAGUUUAUUUGCUUUGUCUUCUACUUCUACAAACAAUGCUAUCCAGAGAACACCCGUGCCAUUUAUGAACUUGGAUGAAUUGGACUCUCUGGUUGAUUCCCUUAUUGUGAAUUUUGAACUUGAACAAGGGCAGCAAAAUCUGAAAUCUCAGCCUCUUUGUAAUGAAACUACUGAGACUCAAGGAAGACAAAUUGAAACAGGUGAAGAUGAAUUUGCUUGGAAACUGGAGGGGAUUCCAAAACACAUGUAUAAACUCCAGUCAUCGCUUACAUUUUCAGGGGAGCUCUCACCUGGCAGGAUACAGUGGGUAUAAAAUACUACUAUCAAGAAUUCAGGGAAACUUUCCUUUUACAUGAAGGGAAAGUAAUAUAUCACAAGAAGAUAAUACUAGUUGCUAAUAUCGAUUUUUAAGUGGUAUGAAAGUAAACAAACAGGAUUGUGUGAUAAGUACCCAGAAUUUCACAGGAAAAAAUUUCUUAAGAUGCUGUUAGGUUGUAAAAUAUACCGUCUUCUUUUAAUAAAAGUCUAGUAUCAACUACUCUUAUAAGAAAUAAUUUAACAAUAAGUUAAGAAACAAACUAUUGGAGAUGAUAUGACACUGAUACUAAAACUGUUUGGGGGGGUAGGGAAGCAAUGCAAACACUUGCUGGGACAUUUGCAUCUCUUUGUUUUAGGCCUGUCCUAGGUGCCUUAAGUUAAGAGAGAGGGCUUUUGUGUAGCAGUGAAAGGUAGAUGAUACGGGUACCAAUUCUUUUUUCUUAACAUUGUUGCUUCACCUCUGCUGUGUUAUGGUCUAGUAGGGCUAGUAAAUUGGUUUUUAUGGCUUUCAUUUUUUGAAAUGUCUUUUUUUUUAAAGUAUUUAUUUAUGUAAAGGGGAGAGAUGGUUUAAAAACAAACAGAAAAAAAAAAACCUUUAUAACUUUAACUGAUAAAUGCUUAUCUCUAGUGGUUUUGUAGUCCAUUGAAAAAUCUUGGCCUGAAGCAGCAGUGAUAAUGCUCUUCAACUCAAUCUAAAGUAAGUUCAUGUGGUGUGGUGUUGGUAGAGGUUAUCUUUGAUUGCUCAAAUUGCUUUCAGUAUUAAUUCACAGUGUAUCAGAAGCAUAGCUCUUCCUAAAUAAUAUGCCAGUCAUCCCAUGAUGCUGUGGAGAGUUGCACUGCUAAACAAUCUACAAGUAAAACUAGAAUGUAUGUAUUACAGAUGUAGGGCUGGAUGGGGUUCAAGUUCCACACUUUCAAGGUAAAAAAUGAGGCAAAGAUGGAAAAUAUCAUAACUAAAUCUACACACAUCUCUAAACAUCCUUCAAAGAUAUUCUGCAAAUCUAGAUGACUCUGUACUCUGGAAUUAUAACAAAACUCCCAGUGAUAAAUGCAGACAAGAUUCAUUCAUGUCACUGAUGGUGGAAUUUAAGUUUGAGAGAACGUUGUGCUCGACUGCUUCCAUGUCACCUGUUUGAUUAGCUUACCAUUCUGCCUCCAGAAGUUAAUUGUGCUAUGGCCUAGGCUUAACUGUGCUACUCUUGGAGCUAUUUACAAGAUUAUUGCUGUAUGUUAUUCAAUAUUACUUCAUGUUCCUUUGUUACUUGUACUGGGCUGUGAUUUGGUGAAAGGAUAGGGAGCAGAUCUUUGUCUUUGCCUUUUGUGGAUUGUUUCCUAUGCUUUUUGCUUUUAGAAUGACAGCAGCAUUACAAGUGGACCUACGCUAGGCUAAAACAACGACUUAGUCAAUCAACUACUUCCUCGUGCUUUUUACUGUGGGCAUAGUUUAUCAUGUACUUUAGCUGAAGCCAGUGAAAGCUAACUGCAAGGAUGAAAAUGUUUUUAGAAUAUUUAUUCCUUAAUAUUGGGUUCUAGGAGGCCUGGACCUCACACAUCUUGCUCAUAAUCGUGCUGAGAAAAUUGGGAGCUGACACCUAAAUGUUUUCUUUGUUUAUUUCAAAGCUUCUGAGCCAGAUAUUCAUAGCUAUCAUCUUUCCUUCUGAGAGAAGAGGCACAACAUCUUGAGAGUUUCAGUCUGUGAGAACAGUUCAGGCUGUUAGAACCAUUUUCUACAAAUGGACUACAUUGAAGAGAGUCAGUCAUUGUUUUUCUUUGAUAACUUUCAUAGUAGUAAUCAAUGCUGUCAUUCAGUGGUUUUGUGCUUAUCUGCCUUGAAGGAAAUGUGGAAAGGUAAUUAUGCUGUUAUGAUAGUUAUCCAUAACCCAUGUAUCUUUUUCUGAAGACUAGUAUACCUUAAUAUUUUGUCCAAAAAUGUCUUGCAGUGCAGUUCUAACAUGAAAAUUAAUUGACACUUUUUGUUGUAUCUGCUAAUGUCUAUCUCACAUGAGGUGCAACGUUGCUUAGUUGCUUUCUUACUUUAAAGGCCUUUACAAGUCUGUUCUGAGGUUAACAAAGUCUAUUCAGUUAUUCAGAUUUUUAUGCUUUUAAGCGUGAAUACUAUCCUGGUAUAUUUGUACUUCUGUAAACGUACAAUUUUGUAUUUGAAAGUUUUAAAAACGUUUGUGGUUCUUCUGAAUCGUGUAUCUAAGUGCAAGCAUUGUGAAACUAAAUCAUGUAACUGAUCACCAGUUUUUAAAACUUGUGUAAAAACUUGUACAACAACAUGUGUAAGUUCCUUGUCAGUUUUCUUCUGUUUACAGUUGCUUUUGAGACCUUCCUUUGCUGGUGUAGUAUUGCUAUGUAACAUUCCGAAAUACUAAUAAGAGGUAUUUUCUAUAGCACUCAAGUGAAACCAGAAGAUUGACUACUUUAAGUUUCUCUCUCUUCUAAUAAGACAUAUAACAGCACACCUUUAGAUGCUGAAUACUUGUGACUUAAUCUACACGUUUUAAGGUCACAAUACUCCAUUCUUUUCCCAUUUGUUAAUACCGCAGUGUUAUGCCAAGUUUCAGUUGCAAAGUUAUUCAAGUGUGUUACUUGCUGACAUUCCACCUGCUAGAUGAUUAAUCAUGUUUGCAUUUUUUGUACUUAAUGAGAAGCACUGAUGAGAAAGAAUCUUGUUUGUUACAGUUCUGUGUAUUACUAUUCGAAUUUGUUUACUUAUUUUUUAAAGUGAAGAACAAGGUCAUCACAACUCGGAGCUCACGCUGACUUUCAGUUUUUAGCCUUUAUGAAAACCAUGAGAAAAACACCAUGCAAACAAGUCAGUUUCUGAUAGAGUUUUAACUGAGGUAGCAGAAGGUUGAUGGGCAACUUCAAUCCCAUCACAUCUGGCUUUUGAAUGAUGAGUGAAAAUGUUGCCAAUAGCUUCCUGCAGCUUGUGUUCUCCUCAUCCAUGCUAAAGUGAAUUGUAGAAACUGAUUAAAGCACCUUGGUAAUACCAUAUUCACAUUUUAGUACAUGUCAACAAAACUUACUUCUGUUAGUGUUUUCUUCAGCUUGGUGCCUUUGUUACAGUUAUACAUCAUUGAAGUACUUCACUCUUAUGGUAUGUAUGGUGACCAUACAUCACCAGAGUGAGCUAGUGCUCAUAACAUAUUGCAUUAAUACAUCAGCAAGCCUGGCUGAAGCUCCAGUAAUCUAUUGGUGUAAUAUACCAUCAGAGUAAGGUAUAUUUAUAGCUUUAGGCUGGUCAAUCU